AAAAGGUUUAUUGAUUUCAAAGCGUUCGCUAAAUAACUGUUGAGUUUUUUAAAUUUGCGCUUGCGCCUGCUAUGUAGUGUGCACCAUAAGGAGAUGCGGUAGCGUUUAAUGUUGAGCGUCAUUCGCAUUGCAAACGUUGGUGCGACUUGUUGUCUUUCUCGUGACUCGUGCGGUGUAGUAGCGUGCACCCCUUUCCCCAGAUCCGUUAUGUGCGCGUGAGAGUGCUCACGAGGCGGUCCGAGCAUGUCUCACAGCUGGUCCAGCCUCACGCACGCCCUAACACGCCACCGCCUCGUGGCGUGCCUUAUUAUUGGUCUAAUAUGUGGUCCACUUACGUAUGCACGAUGUCACGGUGACUGUCGUGUAUCUCCCAAGUGUCGCCACUGUCGAUCAACCCCGACGGAUGCUCUUCGUCUAGACGCCAUUAAGCAGCAGAUACUCACGAAAUUAGGCAUGGCGUCACCACCAAAUCUCACUCACGCACUGCCUAAGCAACUCGCUAUGGACACUCUUUUCCGAGCCCAAGAGCCUGAUAUAAGCAUCCGACGGCGAGUAGACGAACCCGAUGAUUUCUAUGGUCGCACGCAAGAAAUCAUCGAGUUUGCUGAUAGAGGUGGCGUUGUAAACGGACAGCACUUGCUUGAGUUUUCUACAAAUCAGGAUCAACCGGCAACACAAGAGUUACGUGUACGUACUGCAACUCUUUGGAUACGCCUUGAUGUAGUGGGUAGAAAACGUAAAAGACGAAGCAUCCAAUCUAGGCACGAAAUCACAUUAUGGAUCUUCCAACUCCUUGAAGCGCCACAUAAUACUUCACGCACAUUCCACGAUCAUGAAUUCGAUCGCAUCGCUCGCAUGUCAGCAACAAGUCGUGUGGCUCUUACACAUGCAAGCUGGCAUAAGGUGGACGUUACCUUAACAGUACGUCGGUGGUUUGCGCAAAUUCAUGCUGAGCCAUUGCGCUUUCUUGUUGACUGCUCGGGAUGUCGUGGACGCGCCCAUGUACACAGCUUUGGUUCACUUCGCCAAGUGGAUCCACACCGACCUUUUCUUGUACUACAUACAGACCCAAAUACAAUGCGGCGUGUACGGCGCCGUGCAUUAGAUUGUAGCGGAGCUGUCCGCGGUCAAUGUUGUAAGCAGCGCUUCUACGUUAGUUUCAAGGCGCUUGGUUGGGAUGACUGGAUAAUAGCCCCACAUGGUUACUUUGCCAACUAUUGUCGUGGUGAAUGUGCUGCUCCCCACAGAACGCCUGACACAUUUCUCACCUAUUAUACUCACAUCAUUGAUGAAUUCCGCAAGAUGAACAAGCUGAUAGGAAUGCAGCCAUGUUGUGCCCCCCUCAAGUUCUCCAGUAUGUCGCUGAUCUAUUUUGGGCCUGAUCACAAAAUCAUAAAGCGUGAUUUACCUAAGAUGGUGGUAGAUGAGUGUGGAUGCCCAUAAGGAGACUACAGUGCCGCCCAUCUUUCCGUCCCUGUCCACCAGACAGACACUUAUGCGGUAGUGUACAGUAAGGGAAAGACAACUGGGAAGUAAAAAUUUUAAAAUAUAGGGUAGAGGAAACAUGAUGCACGUUUUAGGUUAGGAGCGUUUGUACAGAUCACACAUACCCAUAUUCGCACUUACGAAUACACACAUACAAACACAAUAAAAGAGGGCGUUGGCACUCCGGCGAACGGUAUUCCAUAUAUUUGGUGAGUUUUAUUUGAUGUGCCAAUAAAAUGUACCUCUGAAUUACCGCCAGCCGGAAGGCCAUCUGAUGCUAGCGUUAGUUAGGUGGGUCAUUGGGUUGACCUCCCUAUGGUCAUUUCCAAAGACUCUUUUUUAUCGUGGGACCAUAAGCGCAUUCUAAUUUUGUUGCUUUCUAUUAUUUGCGAUAUUUUGCAGCCGGACUAUUGACUCUAUUUUUCUUUUUUCACUAUUAUACUUCACUGACAUAUUACCAUAUUCCCUCCAGACUUACCAACAAACAUACUUAUCUAUCAAAUAUAUUUUUACUAGUUAACACAAAUUUUCCAAUACAUAUACGCCACAAAUACACACAUUUUUCUUCCCCUUAUAUACAUCUGUUAGGCGCUUUACACACAUGGGAUAAUGCGAGUGGAAACUUAGCCAGUUCUUAACUACACCAAGUUUCGUAUGCACUGCAAGCGAGGUAUUGCAUUCAUAAAACACAAAUUUCGAUUGUUCUCGCGAUUGAUUUUUUCAUUACUACGAUCUUGCACUUUGUUGAAAGUGAAGGUGUUUAUAAAUUCCUUUAUAAUAUACGUAGAUUUAUAUAUUUUUAAUUAAUUUAUUUCCGACGAAAUAACCAUCUCGAUAUUAAAAGUCGCGUAAUACCAUAUUUCCGAAAUAUUGUAGACAGUUACUCUAUGAAAUCGAUGAAAGAAAUUGAUAAGUGACCAGGAAAAGCGGAAAUCCGUGGAAAUGUCGAAAAGAAGUGUGCUGAGUGGUUCAGUCAGGAACACCAGCAAUUUAAUUGAAGUGUGGAGAUGACCAAAUAAUGAUCUCAGAAGGCAUCAAAGAUACGAAACGGUGCAUGAGAAGUUGCAAAAGGAUUUAGAGAAUAUGGAACUAUGAUGACUAUUCUGGAAAUCAGGACUAAAAUGAAGAAUAUUCAAAGCAAAAUACAGUACCAUGUUGAAUCUUGCUUCACAUACCAUACAUAAAUACUCAUGCAAAAGAAGGGAUUGCAGGAGUUUUACGCGAGUCUUCAGCACUGGUGUACGACUCCAGAGUAAGUGGAAAUAGAUGCUCACACUCCACAAUGUUAUCACUACUCCUGUUUUUUUCACAUGCAUAUUAUACUAUACCGUAUAUGCUGCUUAUGUAACGCGUAUAUUAUCCUGAAUCUUUGAGUACAAGGUCUCGAAUUAUUCCUCUAUAAACUGAAUUGAAUUAUAUACACACGUACACGUACACGGAUGUUUUGAUAUAUAUCAAAGGAGAGAGUAGAUUAGAUUAGAUUUAGUUUUGCGGGUUGGGCGUCAAUUCGUCCCCUUUCCCUGCCACUGCUACUAUAUUUUUUGGUCUAUUGUGGCCCCCUUAAGAGAUCAGCCGAUCACAUUAAGGCUGCUUGUAGCCCGCAAUGAGAUGUUGUGGCUAGAGUUUUACGGUCUACCGGUGCAUUACUGACUCUCGCGGUAAGCAGAAUGCUCCGAAGCUUCGUCUCUUCCAUCCCCGGUAUUUGUAUAUUUAGUCCCGGAGAUCUUUCAGUGACGAUGUCACCUUUGUUGACGUGUUUUGUUUCAUGGCGGCAAAUGUCAGUUGCCUACCAACCCACUUUUGGUUUCUAACACCAUCUCUUAUAUACAGAGACAGAGCGCAAGACAAUUUCAGUGAAGCGUAUGUUUCAUCUGGAACAUUCAACAGCGGCAUCCGCUUGGGUUGCUCUUUUGCCCAUUAAAAGGCUUUUUUAUUGCACUCUGCUGUGUUCAAACAUUUUUGCAAUCGGUGGGAUUUGAGCACAUGACUGUAGCGUCGAGAGUCAAACGCAUUGACAACUGAGCCACAGCCGCUCAAAAAAAGAGAGAAUGUAGAGGAGGAGACGCUGUGCUGAGGAGUCGUGACGCCAUGCUGGAGGAAGAUGGAAGAUAGCCAUGGGGGCUGUUUGGCUCCAGAUGAGAUAUAGUGCCAGGCAUCGAGGGCUCCAGAAUGUCAAAUCUACCUUUCGGAACCUCUGGACUCUGACAUUAUACACAGGGGCCGGACGGUCGUGGGAACAGCACCCGCUAUAGUCGAUAUUCACAGCGUGAUCCACAGAUCCAGUCAAUCACCACAGACAAAGGCUCAGAUCCAGACUUACGCGGCGGCCGUCUUCAGCGAGUUAAAUUCCCGCAGUACAUUGUUAGAGUAAAGUAAUUCAGUAGCCUCCUUUGAAGAAAAGCCAUGGGUUUUCCACGGCCAGUAUAAACGACAAGCAGCUUGUGGGUCACCCACAUCAUACUAAUCAUCAUCAUACUAAUGACGGAGCGAGAGGAUCCCCCAUUACUUUAAUAAAGAACUGGAAUGGUCUCUACCG